AUGCAGGGCAAUAAAGUUAGAAUUUGUUUAUGUGGAACUGGAAGAUUAGGAUCGUUUAGAGCAUCUUUAUUCAUUGCAUCUCAAGAUAUUGAACUUGUUGGAGUUGUAGAACCAUUUAGAGUAUGUCAAUCUGUAUUAGAUAGACCAAAUAUAAAAAUAUUUAAGUCAGUAGAAGAGAUUAAUAUACCAAUAGACGGUAUUUGGAUAAGCACACCAACCAAAUUUCAUCUUCAAACAAUCAAAUUAGCAUCAAAAAAAGUUAAACAUAUUUAUUGUGAAAAACCUAUUGCCUCAACUCCAGAAGAAGUUAAAGAAGCUUAUGAAACAUGUAGAAAAAAUGGAGUUAGUUUACAUUGUGGUUGGAUGAGAAGAAGAGAUCCAGGAUAUCAAUCAAUUAAAGAAUAUCUUAUCUCUAAUAAUGUUUCAAUUCAAAGAGCUGAAUUUCAUUCUUUUGAUUGGCCAAUUGUACCACCAGAAUUUCUUAAAACAUUAGGAAAUAUUUUUACUGAUUUAAUGUGUCAUGACUUUAAUUUAAUUAUGUAUUAUAUGAAUAAUACUCUUCCUAAAUAUAUUACAGCUGUUGGAAUUGAUGGAGGUGCUGGUGUUUGGGAUUCAGCUACUGCUUCUCUUGAAUAUCCAAAUAAUGUUGUAUUAACUAUUAUAGCAACAAGAAAUGGCAAUAAAGUAUAUGAUAACUCAUUAACUGUACUUACCUCUAAUUCACAAAUUCUUGAAUGUGGAAAAGAACCUGAAAACUUAACUGAAACAUUUAUGAAAAGACAUGAAAAGAAUUUUAAAAAAGAACUUCCAUUCUUUGCUAAUAUUAUUCGUAAUAAUGGUACUUCAGGAGAUGUAUUAAGUUGUGUUAAUACUAGUAUAUUAAUUCAAGCAGCAACAAGAAGUGCAACUCUUGGUGGAAAGAGAAUUCCUUUGGUAAUACCAAAACUUUAA